CGAUCCACAGCUCAGAACGUUUUCCACCAAACAAGCCGGCCGUUGAUACUCGAUCAGCCUGAGAUUCGCGAUCGCGCCUUCCCAGCUUCCCUUCGGCUAAGUAAGCGGACCAGACGUAAGAAGUAAAAUCAGAAAAAGCAGAUCUUCGUUGAAGUGAUUCGUAAUUCUGCUCCCUUGCCUGUCCCUUCCGUGCCUAAUUUCGCGAGCCCAAGUCAAACCAACACGCCCUGCAGGCACUGCCUUAAGUACAUACAAGUUCUGCUACUGACCAGGACUGAGUCAUUCGUGUGCUUGCCUUCGCCACCUUGACGGGCUUGGUACCGCGAACGAUCAACACAGACCUGCCUGCCUGCCUGCCGGAGCCACGAGAGAUCAUUUAAAGGCAGCUGCAAUCAGUGCUCGAUCAAUCAUUGAGCCGUGAACGUGACAUUGAACGGAUCGGUCGAUAUCUCAGCGAGGUACUAGCACAAGUGACCCCACACAAGACCCGUAAACAUUGCACCAACAGCAGGAAGUAGUUAGUGUGUGUUUGAAGAAAUUUCAGCGAAGAAAAAAAACAGCCUCUAAUCAGUCACUCAGUCACAUAGCAAAGCAAAAUGAAGUGCCUAAUUUUCGUAGUUGUGGUCAUUGCCUUGAUGGUCGAGAAUAGCGAUACUAAACCAUUGAAAUAUCAGAGCCUGCCGAAAAAGGAUGGCCAUGUCCCUGUGUAUAUUCGCGUCGGAAACACUCCGUUGGAACAAAUCAACCGUGACCUGGCAGCUGCCUUCCAGGAGAGCAAUGCACGUAGCAUUCGAGGCACCGUAAUACAGCAACUCAAUCGGAACGCUCGUUUCUCCUCUGAAUCCCUCAGUGCUUCCAGCGAAGAGGCCGCUAACGUGAUCGUGAAGCACCUGGAUCCAAGCUAUAGGAGUAUCAGUGAUUCCCUGUCCGACGAGUCUAACUCUUCCGAAUUUUUUCUACACAAAAUACUAGCAAUUAAACCAACCAAACCGGUUGUAGUUUCUAACAACGCAAUUUAGAAAGCUCCAAUAGAGCCCAAUAGUUCGUCACACUUUGCCAUUGAAGAACAUUUUUACAAUUAUGCUGCCAACUGCGUACAAGCAGUGCACCGUACAUUCAUCUUCAUCGAGUAAUAUUUAGUAUUCAUUAUCAGUUCUUAGAUUGGGUUGCAAAUACGAAGACGUAAUAUUCUACCUGAUAAGAAAGGCUAGCUGAACUAUUUUAGUGAAUAAAAAUACAACAUAGAAA